AUGGAAUUUAUUUCAAUAAUAUCAGAUGUUCAUCAUCAUCAUCAUCGCCGAAAUUCAUAUAAUGAACGAAAAUUAACAAUUACAUUGAACAAAUCACAAACAAUUAAUGGUUCUAUUGACAAAUCAAACACUCGUAAAUUAUCAACAGAUAAUUUUACAUAUCGAACAGAAGCUUAUCUUCAACAACGAGAACAACAACAAAUGACACAUAAAUCAUUAUCAGUAACGCCUAAAACAACAUGGAAGAAUGUCAUGCAACAAAAACGAAUAUUACAAAUUGAUCAAGCUGAAAUUGACCGUGCACUUUUAACAAUUGAUUCAAUUCAUGGUUCAUUCAAUCGUUCAAUGUUAAAACCUUCCUAUCAAGUAUAUUCAUCACUAUAUGGAGAUGAUGAUAAAUCAACUCGUUUAAUAAAAACAUUCUGUCAACGUCAAGAUCAUUAUAUGAAUUAUGAAGUAACAGUUAAACAUGAUGAUGAUGAUAGUAAUACACAAGAAAUUUCAAGUUCAUUUGGAAAUAUGCUAGAUUCAGAUUUCGAUGAUUGUACUGAAGAUGAAGAAGAAAAAGAAAAUGAAAAUGAGAAGAAAAACUCUUGUGACAGUGGUUUUGGAAGUGUUAUGCCAAAAAGACAGUUUUCAAGGGAGUCACUACUUAAAAUUACUCAAUCCUUGAGUAAAAACUAG